AUGAAAGCAACGCAUCUGGUUCCGUCCCUACUGCUCAUCGCAGGGCUCUCGGGACAACAACACCUAGUGACGGCUGGUCUCUUUGGUCCUUCGCAGCCCCGUUGCGACGCCCCGUGUGUUGCGGGCGACGAAUCCAUCAUGUCCCCGAAAGAGCACGGCACAUCUCACGUUCCGGUCCAAUCCAAUUUGCGUUGGCAGUGCGAUCGUAAAGUCGCCGACCGCAUUUGCAACUACAAUCGACACUACGCCGAAUAUUCCGGUUACUGGGAAACCACGACAUUCUUGUCGGACCCUAGCACGCAAGACGCUUCGGAAGAAAAGCCCGUCACGUUUUACGACAGCAACACGGGCAACCCCUUGUUCACAGCACCGGUGGGUAGGUCGUGGAGGGAAUUUUUGAUCGAGUCCCGGUAUCACGGAUGGCCUAGCUUUCGGGAUGCCGAAGUACACUGGGAAACCGUUCGGAUGUUGCCGAAUGGAGAAACAGUCAGUAUCGAUGGAACCCACCUAGGUCAUAACUUGCCGGAUCGGUCUGGACCGCGAUAUUGUAUCAAUCUGGUCUCCAUUGCCGGAAAUCCUAGCACUGAUACAGAGUGA